AUGGUCUACGAUUGGGCUGGGAAGCGGGAAAUCUGCUACCAGAUGUACAUCGAAGAAAAGAAGCCGCUGGAGGAAAUCAUGGAGUAUAUGCGGACCGCCUACCAGUUCGCGCCCAGUAAGCGCGCAUUUCAAACCCAGUUCAAGCGAUGGGAGUUCCCAUCCAAGCAGAAUCCAGCACACAAGAAUGUCGAUUUGGUCGUCCGCGUGAAGAACCUCUGGGAAAAGAACACCAGUCAGCGGGAUAUGCUUCGCAUACUGAACGAAGAAGGCUUUGAGAUAAAAGAGAGGGAGUUGAUGCGAGUGCGCGCGAAGAAUCGUUGGCUAUUGCGGGUUCCCAAUGGGAUGAAGUCCCAUCCCAAUGCCGAGGUGGAGGCAGUGAACCCCGAAGAUGAGGGGCUCCUUGCCUUGCAGCAGGAGGUUUAUAAGGUUCAGAGCGCACUGGAUGAUCCGGACGCGCUUCCAAAUGAGCCCGAUUCUGAGCGACGGACGUCCGAGUCCCACGCUCUGUCGCCCGAGGUCAUUGCAAAAAGGCAGGAGCGACUGGAUCGCCUCAAGACAGAAAGUGCAGAGCGUUGGGCUUCUAGGAAACGUCGUCGUCGCACCCGAGGCUGGGCUGGUUUACCGGCUGACCCCCCUGGACCUCCCCGCUUCCCUUCAGAGACGACUAUUGAUGAGAGCAAGCAAUAUCUCAGUCUCGACAAUAACAUGUACCGCCAGACUAGGGAUCAUUUCCAGCGAAUAUGCGAAGAAGCCGGGUUUAUAAAGAAAACAGCGGCUGGUCCUGAGAGAUGGCAGGCUGCAAAGGACAAAUUGAUCCAAGAAUCCCCACAUUUACAACAGGUCUUCAAUGCCGAUCCGGCCCAACGUGAUGCAAAGGUACUUGCGCUUGACGUUGUUUGUACCGAUGUUACAAAACGGAUGCGAACCCUGGAGAGGCGGAUGACUAUCGCAGAAGCAAAAAACGCAUUAGGAGUCAACCCGGAAGAGAGCCGACAGAUUCGAAAUGCUUUCUACGACACAUUGAAAGUCGACCAUUUUACCAGCAAAUUGGAGGCCGGAGACGAACACUGGCGCGAGCUGAAAGACCAAUGGAUCGCGAACUCGGAGUUACUACAGCGCAUACUCGCCCCUGGGCAAACCGAUCCAGAUCAUGCCAACAAACUAAAGGCCCUGGAGGUGCUUUGUCGCGAUGUCAUGAAGAGACUGCGAGAUGAUCAAACCAAACGUGAUCCAGCCCGCAAGAGAUCUACGGGACGCGCCGAGUCUCGCAACCCCACUCCCACAAAUACAAAUACCGCGAUGGGCAAUAUGCUGGGCAAUGAAAUUAGCAAUGGGAUCAGCACGCUGGCCUCUCAAGCCCUGGCCAGUGCGCCGAUCGCCGCCACUGAGAUUGGAGAUAUGCAAAUUGAUCCUUCUCUUCUCCAAGCAGCCAACGAUCCGUCAUUCACAAAUCCCCAUGGAAAUGGUACCUUCGAGUACGUGGGCACUAUGCUAAGCUCCGAAAUACAAAAUACCCCCGUCUACUUCCAGAUUGGUCCAUCGUCAGAGACGGCGAAGCCAUGGCUCGAGAAGCUUACUACCUGCACGGUGGAAGAACUCCGCCAGCUGAUCGACGCGAGGUAUCCCUAUUCUAUCAUUUCCAGAAUCGAGGGCAUUGACAGGGAUGGAGACGGGCACGAGAUCCCGUUCUCUAUCGAAGAGGAUCAUGACUUGGAUGCUUACUUGACCCAUGUGCAUGGAAGGAGGGCUCUACUUGUAUUUACUAUCUGA